CGGAAUUUUCCAAGAUAAAAUAUUAAUUGAAACUGUGGGGGAUUGAUUUGUAAAAAUUGAUUAGAUUUAUCAGUUUCAGUUUCAAUUAUCUUCCAGAAUUUUUACAAUAUACUUAAUUACACUAGAAAUAGGAUAGAAGGUUUUUAUUCUCCUCCACUUUCCAUAUUUUUAAGAUAUUUUUAUAAAAUUGAUCUAGUGUGUUUUUUUAACCUUAUUUUCCAAAAUCAUUAAAAGUAUUUUAAAGAUAUUAUAUGAAUUUUCGAGUGUUUUAUAAUUUUCUACAUUUUAACGAAUUGUUGAGUUGAUAUUUUAAGUUAAAAAUGCAGUCGAAGUUUUGGGGUGACGAUUCCGAUGAUUCCUACUCAGACUCCUCUGAGUACUCAAGUAAGUCUGAUGACAAGGAUAAUAGACGUGGAGUUGACGCUAACAAAUGGACUUUGGACAGUUCGGACGACGAGGGAGAGUCAAGGAUUGUGAAGUCAGCAAAGGCCAAGGCUCUGGAAACCAUCCAAAACCAUGUUAAAACCAUUGAACACUUGAGAAAGAUCAAUGAUUACUCAGAGUUGUUAAAGGAUUACGAUAUUCUUGCAAAAUUUGUGGAUAAACAAUACUCGUCCACCCGUUUACCUAAACUUGUUGUUAAGAUGAUAGUGGAACUUUCUCAGUUUAUGGAGGCUCAGCAGAAGGACAAGGAAAGCUACAAGAAGCUCUCAAAGGCUAAGACAAUCUCGUUUAACACGCUGAGAUCAAGACUCAGAAAGUUCAACGAGCAACACGCUGAUAUUAUUGAGGAGUACAACAAGGACCCUGACAAUUUCUACGAUGUGCUCCAGCAAUCUGAGGAUGAAGAUGAGGAAUCCACUGAAUCCAGCUACUCUGAGUGGGACGAGGAUGAAGAGGAGGAGGCUGAGGAAGAGGCUGAGGCUCCUGAAGAAAAAUCGCCAAAAUCUGGCGAUACUAGCGGGUGGUCAGACUCGGGCUCCCAUCCCACAUCAGAAGCUGAGGACGGAGAUAAGCAUAACAAGGCGAUGGAUAAGUGGGGAGUAAAGAAGGCUGAGGCUCGACCGGAGAUGGUUGAGAAGCCCAAGAAAACCAAGACUAAGGCCAAGAAGCGUGAAGUUCUUGAGAAACAAACACCAAUAACGAGUAUUACCAAGUUCUCAGCAGUGACUGCAGCCUCAGACGCACUUGUCGAGUACUUUAAGGAGGUUAAGCUUGGAAAUGAUGAUAACCCAUUCGCAGUGAUGAUUCCUGAGGUCCAAGAAAUGCUAGACACUGUACACUUGAGUGAGGAGGCUCUAAGGUUGUUUGUAAAAUCGAUAGUUGAGAAGAGAGGAAAGAGGGGAACAAACAACUUUGAAAACCUAAAGAUACUCCAGUCGCUGCCUUACAUUGCAAAAACAAUUUCUCAGUCACUGUACCUUGAAGUUUUGGAAACACUCGUGCACGUGCUUUUUGAUAAUUAUUCACAUGCCUACGGAGCCAUGACACCAACUGAGUGGAUUAACACCUACCGAAUUGCCUCACAUCUAGUCUCAGAACUCAUCAGUAACCCUAAAUCUUAUUUAUCAUCAGAAAUGGUCAAUUCUGCCCAAAACAAUCUAAUGGAUGACUUAGAUAAGGCUAAUCUAGAUAAACUUAGUGCUGAAAAGCUUAAUAAUGUCGAUAAAGUUAAAAUGAUGGACGACAGAGUGAAAACGUCACUGACAGUUUUAUCAACAAUAGUGCAAAAGUUAAAUGAUGAGUUAUAUAAAGGUUUGCUAUAUACAGAAGUGCACAACCCAGAUUAUAAAACGAUGUUGGCGUAUACAAUUGACAUGUUGUAUUUAUUACACAGGACAUUAGUUUAUUAUCUUAAGUUUGAGAAGGGCAAUGAGUUUGCAGCAACAACAGCUCUGAUGAUUUUAGAUCACUGCCACUACAAGGAUGACGAGAUUUCCACUAAAAUCUGGGAACUCGUCAGGAAUAAAAUCAAGGAUAAGAAACAAACUGAGAGGUUCUUCCCAAACGAGAACAAGAAGCCGAGUGAUCUGGUUACUGAGCUUGUAAACUUUGUAUUUGUGUAUGGAACACAACGGGAGAAGAUAAGAGCUUGUCUACAUUUAGCAUAUAAUAAAUCACUACACGGCCACUAUUACGAGGCAAAGGACCUUUUGGCAGCAUCAAAUCUAACUGACGUAGCUAGUGAAACUGAUAUUUCAACUCAGAUUCUGGUUAACAGAAACUUAGCUCAGCUUGGAAUCUGUGCCUUUAGAGCAGGUUUAAUCAGCGAAGCUCAUUCUUACCUCAUGGACAUGUGUGUGCAAAACAGACAUAAAGAAUUGUUGGCUCAAGGUGUGUCGAAUUUAAAGAAUGUUGAGAAAACUCCUGAACAGGAACGCGCUGAGAAGAGGAGACUUUUACCCUACCACAUGCACAUUAGCAUUGAGCUGAUUGAGUCAGUUAACUACAUUUGUGCUUUAUUGUUAGAAUCUGCAAACUACGUAAGAUAUCCCCUAAAGGCAAAGGAGGUUAUUUCAAGACAGUUUAGGAGGAUGUACGACUUGUAUGAGAGGCAAGUGUUUGUAGGGCCUCCAGAGAGCAACAGAGAAGUAAUUUUAAACGCCUUUAAGCACUUACAAAACGGUGACUGGAAACAAUGUUUUAACUUUAUUUUGUCCCUAAAUACCUGGAAUAACAUGCCUGAUAGGGAAAAGGUACAGGAGACUUUGAAAGAGCUGAUCAAGGUCGAGGGUUUCAGAACCUACAUCUUCAAAUACGUCAACAUCUACGAUUCAUUCUCAGUUGAGCAACUCUCCUCAAUGUUUAGCCUCGACGAAAAUGUAGUUCACUCCCUAAUCAGCAAAAUGAUUGUUAACGGUGAAAUACUCGGUAGCUGGGACUACAGCAGUAAGUGCUGCCUCAUAAACCACAGCGAACCUACUGAACUUCAGAAACUUGCAGUCAAACUUGCAGAGAACCUUUCUACCGCAGUUGAGCAGAACGAACUAACUCUGAACAUGAAGAACUCCAAGUUCGCGCUCUCUCAGGACAGGCGUUUCCAGCAACGAGACACUCGCUACUCCUACGGCUCACGUCAUGACGACGGCAGGAUGUCCACCUUCAACUUUAAUAGAAACCGCAGAUUCAUCCAACAACCCAGACAAACAAAGCAAUUCCCUGUGCCCACAAGAUAAAUAUUAACACGUUAAUAAUGUAUAUAUUCCAUA